CUCACAACAAGACACUGUCGCAAUCAUGGUCCGGUCCAUGAGAGCGGCCAUUGUCAAGGUCUUCUCUACCAAAUACUCCCUAACACUAUCGGCCCCGGCCCUCGACUACAUCGAGCACGUCUUGCGCGAGGUACGCAGCUCGGAUCACGACAGAGCAGCGCUAAUGUCUUCACCACAGAAUGAAAUCGCUCAAGAUGGGUGGAUAGACGCGCUCGAGUUCUGGGCUCGCGAGUAUCUGAAGGGAGAAGACACCACCUCUAUUGUCUCUUUGCCUGGCCUGAAGCGCGCGUAUGAGAUCCUGCAGUUGGGUACGACAGGCGACUCUCAGUCCAUCGACCCUUCAGAGGUCAAUGUCAACGCACACUUCUCCGUGGUGGACAGCUUCGACAUGCCUGCCGUUCACUUUGACGCUGUUCGCGGAGGCUUCAUCGUGGCCAAGACAAAACCUGACAUUGCGGGUACGGCGGCUAGCCGGUCCUCGUAUCUCCGCGAGCGAUGGGGUAUCAUCAAGGAGGUCGUUCAGCGAAACGAGAACUUUACUCCCCCGGCCGUUGGUGGCCACGACCGUGCAAAUUACUUGAAGUUGACGUCGACUUGCAACUUGCUCGGACGAGCGGGACAACUCUUCUUGCUGUUUGGCAUGCUCUCGCGGGAUCCUGAGGGACGUCUGACUCUCGAGGACGGCGACGGGAGAGUAGUGCUGGACAUGAAAGAUGCGGUCCCGGGUGAAGGCUUGUUCACCGAAGGCUGCAUGGUGCUCAUCGAGGGCGAGUACACCAUCGAGGACAAUGUUCGCGUGCUGGCUAUGGGCCACCCGCCAAGUGAGAAGAGAGAUGUUGCCAGGGGGCUGUACGGCCAUGUCGACUUCCUUGGCGGUGGUGCCAUCUCCCUCAAGGACGAGGAAAAGUUCCUUCCAACAGUCCUCGCCAAUACCCAGGUGUCGUUCGUCGUGUUCUCGGACGUCUGGCUCGACCACCCGCGAACACUGGUUGCUCUUCGUCGCGUACUCGAAGGCUACGCGGAUGCAGCCGAGUACCGCCCCAUGGUGUUUGUGUUUUGUGGAGACUUCUGUCAGCGUGGCUGGGAGGGCGAGGGUGGACUGAAAGCGUACACGAACGGUUUCAACGCCCUGACAGACUUGCUCCUGUCCUUACCCCUGCUGCACCAGUCGCACUUUGUCUUCGUCCCCGGACCCUUGGACCCAUGGUCGUCCUCAACGCUUCCCCGCCCUGCGCUCCCUCCGGUGUUCUCCAAGCGUCUCCUGUCCCGCAUCCCCAACGCCCGAUUCGUCUCAAAUCCCUGCCGCCUGCGCUACUUUGGCCAAGAGAUUGUCAUCUGCCGCGAAGAUCUCAUGGGUCGCAUUCUGCGAAACCUGGUUGGAGUCAAGAGCGGCGAGGAGGUGGCCGACAUGAAGCGAUACCUCGUGCAGACAGUUUUGGACCAGGCCCAUCUCUCUCCCCUUCCUCAGUCUGUGAGGCCGACACUAUGGGAGUUUGACCACGCACUGAGGCUAUACCCGAUGCCUACGGCUCUAGUCCUCGCGGACAAGUAUGAGCGCUACGAGUUGACAUAUGAGGGCUGCCACGUCUUCAAUCCUGGACGAUUUAUCAGCGCUGGUACUGGUGGAGAGUUUGAGUGGUCCAUGUACUACCCGGCCACUGGUCGGAGCGAGAGGAGUGCGUUGAGUCUGGACGAUUAGAUUGC